CAAAUUGCUGUAUACAUUACUGACAGCAACUGGACAACGUUUUUGAAACGUCAUAUGGAUGUGACAGACGUUCAAAAAACGUUCAAUGAUCAGCCCAAUAAUGUUGACAUUUUUACUGAUUUUAUACGAUCGGCAUUUAACUUCUUCAUCCAAGAAAGUCUUUCGGACAAGGAUGUGAUCGAUGCUGUCAAAAAUUUAAAUUAUAUGACGGUUGAUAUGGAGAUAUUCACUGCCGAUAGAAAAGAUGCUUUACCACACUUAGAUAUUAGAUCAUUACUUAAAGAAGAAUGUUCACAAAAUACCAUUAGCCAAGCUUCACCAGUUUCAAUAAACGAUGGAGAGGAUAGUGAAAGCUUACAAGAAAACUUUUCUGACAUCGAAAGUUUCCAAGAGGAUUUUUUUGACAUCGAAAGUUUACAAGAAGAUUUUUUUAAUAGAAGUCAGCAUGUCAAUGAUGACCUCGAAUGCGGUUUUUCUAUGGCUUCAGAUACGUCCAGUUGUAGUGACCAGUUGACGAUUGCAGAAGAAAUUGAAGAAUCCGAACAAAUUAUA